GACAAAGAGAUUCUCGCGACAGACAUCGGGAUCAUAGCAGAUAACAUGGCGGACAGGUUAACACAACUUCAAGACGCUGUCAACUCGGUGAGGCUGUUUUUGAGUGUUUGAACGAUGUUUUUCACUUAUUUAUAAAAGUUAGAGUAUUUUAAGAAAUCUUGGGUUGCUAAUAUUGCGAAAAAAUAUCACAGUUUUGUUGUAAGUGGCAAAUAUCGCGUUAACAUCGAGACGGUAACCACCUAGUGGCCUGUUUGAUUGGCUUGUUUUGUCUUUGGGUUAAUUUUGGCAAAAAUGUGAGAUUAAAAUGAACACAGUCUGCACAGAUAUUAUGAAAAACAUAACAGGUUGAGACAACAUCGUUACUUUAGCGUUAAAGACAUGUAUCUUGAUAAAUAAACACAAAUAAAAGAUUACUAUCAGUAAAGGGGUGAAAAUUUAGAGGAACUGACAAUACUAUACCCAAAUUGGGGCACCCCUCAUCGAUAAAAAUCGCGAUACAGUAUUAGAUAUCGGCCGAUACGCUCAGCCCAGGUAUCUGUAUCAGAUUGGGUCGAGAAAAAAAAAUAGAUCGGUGCAUCUCUAGUAACUGAUGCUAUAUGAGAUGUAGCAAAGUUAAAUACUUUUCACAGAGAGUACUCAAGAAGUUAAAGUAAUGGUGUUACUUGUGUACAAAAACUACUUCAUUACAGCAUUAUCAAUAAAUGUAACGGUUAAUUUUCACUCCUACUUUACUCAAAAGUUAAAGCAAAUGUAGGCCAUGUGAGAUGGUCUUCUUGUGCACUCGAAUUUUUUUUAAUGCAUAUGCUCAUAAUAAUGUAAAAAUAAUGACAUUGUGGUUUUUGUUUGUGUGUGUUUCCAGCUUGCUGAUCAGUUUUGUAAUGCCAUCGGUGUCCUACAACAAUGUGCUCCUCCCGCCUCCUUCAGUAACAUCCAGACGGCUAUCAACAGAGAUCAGCCAGCAAACCCAACAGAAGGUGGAUUCAUUUGUUCGCACUUCGAAUUUAAGUCAAUUUUUCUUUCUUAUCGACCACAUAUUACACACUCUAUCUGAGCUUUUUGCUACUGGCAUCAAUUUCAACAACGCAAUUACAACAGUUUUGACAUAUAAUUUACCUUAAAUGUAAAUCUGAAUUUUUCUCUGACACACAAAGACUGCUUGUGUCAUCACUUUUCGACCUUAAUUUCAUUAUUAUCUGUCUGCACUGUAAGAAGGGGAAAGAUUGUAUGACAAUGACAUUAAAUGUUUCUCCUUCAGAAUAUGCCCAGCUAUUUGCUGCCCUGAUUGCCAGAACAGCCAAAGAUGUGGAUGUACUUAUCGACUCCCUGCCCAGCGAGGAGUCCACAGCAGCUCUGCAGGUCAGCACUUUUCAGACACACCUCCACAGAUAAAUGCCCUAAAAGGGGUUAAAGAUGCACCAUGGUCCAGUUUGUAAUUCUAGCUAUAAGGCAGUAGAGGGAGCCAACUGCCUUUAUGCUUUGACAGUAUAAGGUUGGUGAAAAUGAAGAGAUGUGUGCUCAUUAUGUGUUUGAGCAGCAAUAAAGAAUACACAUCUUUCAGGCAAUAUAAAGUAUUUUCUGAAGUGUAGAGGUAGCCAACAAAGCGAACACUUUAUUUACUGAUGAUGGAGUGUUUGUGAAAAGAAGUGUCGAAUCUAAAAAGGCUGUAAAAGGGCAAAAAAGAUCCAAACUGCCCUGAAGAAACAACUCUCAUCUCUUUAGAAGUUACCCAGUUAUUGCGUUUACAUGAGCUGUCCUUCAGUUAAUUUCUAUUUCUAUCUUUGUACAGAGAGAAGGUAAAAAUAUGAUGCAAGGGAUAUGAGCGCCUCUUUAUUUCUGGCGUGGCUAUUAGGAUGGUCUGUGACUCCCAAGCUAAUUUAAGCACUUGUGUUUUAACGUUUUUAAAGCUUCAUCAUCCUGAGACAUCAAACACCCACCAACCUACAUGUAUGGAAGUCGUAUGCAAUCAUAAGGAUGGCCCUGAUUCUUGUGCUCGUUUGGACAAAAUGAUGAAUGUAACGCUAACAACUUUUGAUUUAGUUAAAAAACGCUUUUCUGGUCCGAGUUUGAUCAGUUGGUCUUCCUGUCGGCGUGAAGAGAAGUAGCCUACAGUAUAUAGUAUACUGUUGAUAUCUGCAGUAUACUAUAUAUUUUUUAUAACUUUGUAAACAAUUUUAAAAAAUCGGUCGAUUAAUCAAUAAUCUGAUUUUUUCCCUCCUAAUAAUUGGUAUCGGCAUCGGCCCCAAAAAAUCCAUAUCAGUUGAGCCCUACUAUGGUGUUUUAUUAUAGAAAUACGUGUCAACUCCAUGCUCUGGUUCGUCACCUCAGAGGGUCUUCAAUCAUCAGACAGAGCUGCACUCACACCCUCUAAACCCUUUACUGCAAUAACAUCUGACUGACUUUGACCCACCAUUAGGCGGCCAGUCUGAGACAGCUUGAGGAGGAGAACCAUGAAGCAGCAGCCCGUCUGGAGGAGGUGGUUUACCGCGGAGAUAUGCUGCUGGAGAAGAUCCAGAGCGCCCUGGCCGACAUCGCCCAGUCGCAGCUCCGCACCCGCAACGGGGCGCCGGCACAGGCGUCACCUGCCGAAUCCUGACCCACAACAUGCAGCAUGUAGUCCUGGACAAUUUCAGUCUUCUUGUUUUUCUCAAGCAUCAUUCAGGAGUCUUCAAAACUCUCUGAAGUUGAAGUGAAAAAGAAAAUGUGAGCUGCCAUCCAGUGGUGUCUUUGAACAUAUUAUUAUUCUGUAAGAAAACACUCAGCGAGGGAAGGAUACUGUACGUCAGCUAGAAAGAGUUUAAAAAGCAUCUUUAAACUCAAGGUUAUGUUUUCAAACUUUCUACAGCUACUGAAAGUUAAAACUGUCAUGUUUUUUAUGUCUUCUGUACAGUAUUGUUUGUAUUUUGUUUUGUAGAUAUUUAUGAAUGAAAUGAAAUCUCAUUUGAGCUAUCAUCGUCCUGACAGGUUAUUGUAACUCCAUGUUUCAAAUGUCUUGAUCUUUUUCAGAAUAAAGCUCGAACAAACCUUU